AUGGGCAGCGGCAGGCCCUUCCCAAAGUUGUCGUGGAGACGGCGCCACAAGGUUGUCGCUGCGGCGUUGUGCGCCGCUGCCACGCUCGUUUUGCCGGCGGUGCUGCGCGAGGCGGAGGAGCACGUGCACGCGGCGGGCAGCAGCUCCGCCGCCGCCGACGCGCUGCUCCCUCCGCCCGAGGAGGCGCUGCGACGCGCCACGCACCUCGUCGUCGUCGCCGGCCACGCCGUGUUCACAGCGCUCGACCACGGAGGCGGUGCCGUCGAGCGCGAGGCGUCGUGGUUCCUCGAGCCGUUCCAGCACGGGCAGCUGACGACGAUGAUCGAGCACAUCCACAAGGGGGUCGAGCUCGCCGCGGCCGACAACCGCUCGCUCGUCCUCUUCUCGGGAGGGCAGACCCGCGCCGCCGCCGGCCCGCGCUCUGAGGCGCUCUCCUACUGGGAGGCGGCCGAGGCGGAGGGAUGGUUCGGGCUGCCGCAGGUGCAGCCGCGGGUGCACCUCGAGGAGCAAGCCCGGGACUCGCUCGAGAACCUGCUCUUCUCCGUCUGCCGCUUCAACGAGCUCACGGGCCGCUACCCUCAGACCAUCACCGUGGUCUCCUUCGGCUUCAAGCGGCGGCGCUUCCAGGAGCUGCACCGCGCCGCGCUCCGCUUCCCGCGCCACCGCUUCCACUUUGUGGGCGUGGACCCGCCCGGCCUGACCGCCGCCGUGACCCAGGGCGAGACGGCGCACUCCGCAAAGCCGUUUGAGUCGGACCCGUAUGGCAGCGCCGCCUAG